GACUUGGAAUCUUUAAAGUCUCUGUAUCAUCUUCUCCAACUUCAUUCCUCUCCGAACGCUCCUUCUGUGGAGCUAUGGCCUCCACCGCAGUCAUCGACGUGCGAUAUUUCGGAACCUCUAAGGUUAAAGUUGGGGAUAGAGUGAGGCAUCUCAGAGCUCUUGUUGACAACAAUGGCAAAUUGGAUCUCGACAUGGGAGGUUUGCGGCAAGAAAUUCGCAUCCUUUGUAACCUCCCACCCGGUGCUGACAUUACUCUAACGUACAUUGAUGAAGACUAUGAUGUAGUAACUCUUGUGGACGACAAUGAUCUGCGGGAAGCAAUGAGGCAGCAUCUGAAGUCCUUCAGGAUCGAUGUGCAGAUGAACGAUAAUGACAAAGAAGACUGCCGUAAAAAUUCAAGCUCCGAAAAAUGUCACGUGACGGAUGCUGUAAAUGUGACAAGUGAUGUGAGUAGUAGCAAUGUGUUUGAUGAAUUCCAUCUAGCAAAUUACGAUCACCAUGUUAGUCCUUCUGUUAAACACUCUGAAGACGAAUGUGGUAUGAUGUGCCAUGCGAGCAUUCGCUGUGGCGUCUGCAAUGACAAGGUCGCGACGUUGUGGUUAGCGGCGUUAGCCCUCGUAGUGUCGGUUCGGUUAUUAUCACGGCGACAUGGAUCGGAGUGUUAAGUGCUGCUAUACCUCCUCUGCAUGAAGGGUUUAUAUUUUCAGCACCAUUCAUGUGGCAAAUGAGCUUGUUUUUGUGUUCAACCAAAUAAAGAGAGGCCUUGUUGCUUUGGCUUGUGCAGCAAUUUUGAGUCUGCAGGCCAAUUAACAUAUAUAGCUUGUUUCUUCCGUUUUAUUUCUUUGUGAUAUGAGUUAAUUUUCUUCUUUCUUUUUUGUGAAUUGUCAACGAGAUGUUGGUUUUCGCAAAUGCUCGUAAUCACUUGAGUUUGUAGAGCAAUUCGUGUAAAUUACCAUCGCAUGUUUACUUACAUUUGUCUUAUGACUUGUUCCUUUUUAUG